AUGAAUGACUGGGUUGCAAACGGGGAUGAGGGUACAAUAAUAUUUCUUCACGGUCUUGGUGAUACCGGUUAUGGCUGGUCUUCUGUAUUUUCAGAUGAGAUAAGACAUGAUCACAUUAAAUACAUAUGUCCUAAUGCACCAACAAGAGGAGUUACUCUGAAUUUUGGUAUGCAAAUGCCUGCUUGGUAUGACAUUUAUGGGCUGACACCUGAUGCUGAAGAAGAUGAAGAAGGUAUCAAUGAAUCGACGAUGAUCGUACAUUCUAUAAUUGAUUCUGAAAUCCAUGCUGGUAUUCCUCCUGAACGCAUAAUAUUGGGAGGCUUUUCAAUGGGUGGUGCUUUAGCACUGUAUGCAGGUUUAACCUAUGAUAAACCGCUUGCUGGAAUAAUUGGUCUCAGUUCGUUUCUGGUACAACGAACAAAACUCCCUGGCAAUCAUACUGCUAACAGAAAUGUACAAAUAUUCAUGGGCCACGGUACUCAAGACUUCUUAGUGCCUCUAUCUUUCGGCCAAAUGACAGAAUCGUUCAUCAAAACUUUUAAUCCCAAUAUUUCGUUAAAAGUGUACCCUGGGAUGGCACAUAGUAGUUGUGCAGAAGAGCUUAUCGACACAAAAGAUUUCAUCGCCCAGCGAUUACCUAAAAUCUAG